CUUUAAUAGUAGGGGCAUCGCUCAUUUAUCUUAUAUUCGAGUCUUGGACUUACGAGUGUUAUAAUUUUUGUGCAAAAUAACAUUUUAAAAACGAUGGCUAGUUCUACUGGCUAUACCACUUCAUCUGAAGACAGAUCGCGAGUAGAGGCCUUGAAUAAGGCCAGUCGCAUUGUAGACUCCACUAAAAACGAUCCCCAAACGAUUUCCUCUAUUUUACGCCAGCUGAAAUCUGUAGAAAUCGAAUCUGGGACUCAGAAAUAUGUUUUAAUCCAAGCAAUCGAUCCUUCUUCCGAUGCUGAAGUCUAUUUUGUUAGAGGUAAUUCAAGUGCCCGCUAUCACGUGGAAGCUGCUCAGGCGCUUGUGGACUUUUUUUUGGAAAAGGGCAUUAACCACAAAGUGACGGGAGGCGGUAGAAUCUCCUAUAAUGCCAGUGAGAAAGUUAUCAAAAUUUACGGAUAUUCUUAUUCAUUCGGACGGGCUGACCAUAGCAUCACUUCUGAAUUGUGCAAUAAAGCUUUUCCUCAACACAUAAUUUCUUGGAGUAAUGAAGGGUACUAAGUAAAAUUUU